GGGACUUUGUACUCGCUGGGUCCUUUCGGGCGCAUAGUAGGACCGGCAGUGAUGUUGAGCAGUGGAUGCAAACUGGGAUGGUGUCAUUUGAGGAUGUGGCUGUGAACUUCACCUGGGAGGAAUGGAAGCACCUGGACGAUGCUCAAAGGACCCUGUACCAAGAUGUGAUGCUGGAGACAUACAGAAGCCUGGUGUCCUCGGGACUUUGUGUUACGAAACCUGAGGUGAUCAUCAGUUUGGAAGCAGGAGCACAGGCAAGGACUGCAGAGAACCUUCCUACAGAGAGCCUCUCAGGUGAGCAACCUUAUGAAUGUUAGAAGACCUGUGCGAUAUCAACCCUUAAUAAACAUCAGAGAACCAGGAAAGAAAC